GCAACUCAAGCAGAUCCAGGUGAUCUCUCGCAACAAGUAACUCGCAUCAAGAUCCUCAGCACUUCAUCGCACUUCAUCGCAUAUCAUCCGCGACAGGCUUCGCCUACAUCCACACAUACCACUACCUGAAAUCACUCAACGAUGGUUUUCGUUACUCCUCGCUUUGCUGCCCUCGCUGCGCUGUGCGCGCUUGUGGCCAUCACCGCACCGUCGACUGAGGCUGCGUAUGUCCAAGUUCGCAACCCCGGUGCGACCUCCUCGACCAACCUCGCCCGCAACCCCCCUGUCCUUCCUCUACCCGCUCAGCUCGCUGUCAAGCACUCCAAGUUGAAGGUCAAAGGCGGCGGGAAAGACAGGUCCAAGGGCGAUGAGAAGCACAAGAAACAGGGAGCGGAGAAACCGGGGAGCGGGAAGGGGAAGGAUGGUGAUAAGAAAGAGACGUCGGGGAAGGAUGAGGAUGACAGCGGGAAGCGAAGCCUUCCUGAUGAGAAGGACAUCAUGUCUCGCAUCACUGGCAGAGCCCAUGACCACGAUCACGACCAUGACCAUGACCACGACCACGACCACGACCACGACCACGACCACAGUCACGACCAUGAUCACCGUCGUGCGUUAACAGACAGGUCGGACGCGCAUGUACACGUUCAUGAUCACGACCACCACCAUGGCGACAAGCAUGACCAUGUUCACGAACACGAUCAUCGACGGAGUCACGGCCAUGAUCACGAUCACGACCAUGACCACGACCACAGUCAUGAUCAUGACCACGAUCAUCACCACCGUAGGAGCCCGGACCAAGAUCACGACCAUGAGCACGACCACGACCACGACCACGACCACGACCACGACCACGACCAAGACCACGACCACGGAGUCGACCACGACCACGAUCACGAUCAUGACCAUGACCACAAGCGCUCCGUCGUCCAACCCCUGAGGAACACCAGGGUAUCGGGCCGCCGUCAAUUGCAUGGGCGCCCCGGUAGGCGUUCCUCGGUUCUCAUCCCCAGCGAGGCUGGAGAUUCGUACAUAGUCACCAGCGAGCGGCGCUCGCCUUUCUCACCUCCCAGUGUUGGCGAGCGGGCCGCCUCCGACCCUAUCUCAGUGGAGCGAAGGCAGGACAGUGGGAUGGGUCGUGGGGUCCCCGGUCGGAUUGAUGUCAUGAUGCCGAGUUUUUCGUCAGGUCCAGGCAACGAGAACUUGGCCGAACCCCAUCGUCUUGCGUCCCUCAUGCUCGAUGAGAGUGCGAUGACCCAGGCUCAGGAUGGCAUGGGCUCUUCUUUUGCACAGAGCACCUCCAACGGCACGGCUGGCUCUGUCCAACCUGCGAGCUUUGCGCUCAAUGCAUCGAACCAGAACAAGACUCGAUUCUACAUCGUUGCUGCCUCUGAUCAGGAUCCUGCAAGUCCAGACGUCCAUGUGACGGUUCAACUUCCCGUCUUCGACGCUGCGCAGGCGCGGCUCGUGCAAUACUGCGCGACGUUUGACCCGAGCCCGGUCAAACCCGCGCCGUUGUCAAUGCAGAAGUGCUUCGCUGCCACACCUCCGCCGUUCCCACCUCCGGACGACUCGUCUGCGAACUCGACCUCGACGUCGUCUUCGCCUGAUGCACCCUCGGCGUCUUCCGCUCCUGCCAACCUCGCGUCUAUGGCCGUGGGAGGCAACGACAAACUGAGCCAGCUCUUCUCGUACAAUGCGGAGAGUGGAGUGCUUCUUCCUGUCUGGAACCGCGGGGAUCCGAGUCAAAUGGUGGCUUCAACUGGGUCAAGUUCGUCAAACGACACUGAUUCGAGUUCGAGCUCGAGCUCGAUGUCGGCAACGCCCACCGACUCUACAUCCGACUCUUCAGUCAUAUCUUCUUCUGCGACCUCUUCUACAACUGCCACCACUCCCUCCGCUACAUCCACUUCCAGCGGAUCAAGCUGCGCUGCGCGUGGCGAGCUGGAUGAAUGUGAGGGCGAAGGCGGGUCAAAUGGUGCACCCGUCGCAGAGCGCGACGCUACCACCAUUGACAAUACCGACUCGUCUACCGUCACUCCUUCUCCUUCCGCGUCCUCAACAACCUCGAGCGCGCCCACAUCGACAAGCACUCCUCAGAGCGUGCAGCUCGUGUUCAGGCCUGAUGGUCCCGAGGUCCUUCCCCCUGAUACCACACCUUCGUCUCAGGCCAAUGCCCAGAAAGAUGGUGAUGAUCAGGGCGACGGCGACGCUCCCAGCGCACCGGGCGACAGCCCGGAUGAUGGUGACAGUCCGGACGACAUCAACGAGACAGUCACAGUGACAUCAUCCUCGACUGUAGCGACCACCACUGCGACUGUAACUGCUUCCACCUUCAACUCCCAGUCGCAGAUCACGUCCAGUGCUUCGCCUUCUGGAUCGCCCGCUGUUCAGGCGGCGAUGUCGACUGCUGCGCCUGCUUCAUCGUCAAGUGUCUCGACCACUUCGGCGGCGGCUGAGAGUGCUCCACCUUCAAGCAUGUCUGACUCGUCUGGCUAUCCUUCGCCUUCCUCUUCGUCCGCGAUGUCCGAUUCUACGGGCGAGAAUUCGCCAGGCAUGUUCAUACAGAGCAGCGACGCCCGCAAGGCCCAUCACCCUGCAAGCUUUGCCUCCAGUCGCACCACGUCGCCAACAGACAGCCCCUCCGCCACCACCUCUGCCACUCCUUCCGCGUCGCAGUCGUCGUCUGACGAUGAUGGCUGGAGCUUCUCGAUUGAUGCCGGUCUCGGUGCUGGUGACGGCAGUGACGGCAACAGUCCGUCCAACACCGGUUCUGCUACGCAGCCCAAGCACACGCGUCCCACCCGUCCUACGUCGGAUGACGAUGGUCAGGGCGAUGACGAGAACUUUGCCAAUGGCGCUAACGUCAUCGUUGGACCUAACGCUGGCGCGGCUCCGACUCGUCGCUCGCCGGAUUUCCCUUCCGAGACCGGUACCCCCGCUCCGGCCCCCGCAUCUUCAACUGCGGACUCAAGCGCCAGUCCUCCUCCGAGUGCCGGAUCGCCCUCUGCCCCGGUCGAUCCCAACGCCAGUCUCUUCACCGAGAUCCCCGCGCCUUUGACGCCGAGUGGUGCGCCUGCUCCUGGGGCCCCCACUGGUGCUCCUGCCGCGUCGUCUUCGACUGCCUCUCCCUCUGCCUCGGCUAGUUCUUCCAGCCCGAGUUCAACACAGAGUGGGACUUCUUCCGCCAAGGCUGCGAAGUUGAUGUUCGGCGGUCGUCGUCCGUCGAGUAAGAAGUUGUAA